UGGGUGGCGCUAGAGCUCAGCUCAUGGCACUGGGCAUCUCCCCAGCUGGAUCUCUCAGGCAGGUUGGUAACUGGGCCCUCCAGGGUGCUGGCCCUGCACUUGGUGCUGUUGAGGACCGAGCCCCACCGCUCUCCCCGCCCUUGGGCGCUGGCGGGCUAAUGGCCUGUCUGUCCCUGUCAGGGUAGGAAGGAGUAGCGGUCAGACAACACCUGGCCAGGGCGUGUCCCUUAAAGGGACGUAACAGGUGCUGACUAAGCACCCUGAAGGCAGGGACAGUCGAUGCUUUCUGGUCAAGGUCCAGACUCCCGCGACCACGGGAACAAUAGGGAGGAUAAGAGGCAGACCGGCUUUGGCGCCUAUAGCCUCCCCCUGCCUUACAGGGACAGCUGGGGGAGAUGAAACCAAACUGUUGGCUGGGGAGCAGCGAACUGGUGCAGGUGAGCGCUCUGCCCUCACAGGAACAUGUGCAGAACUAGAAGGGGGACGGGGAUGCAGACAGGAGCUGGCUGUGAGCCGCUGACGAAGGUAGCGGCCACCGUUGCCAAGCCGUAUUCAGGGUGGCCGCUCAGGUUUCUGAUUGACUGCGCAGCCCCCAGCGCAAUGGGCACUGCUCCUAUAAGGCAAAAUAAUCUCAGAGGGGCCUUGGGAAUUUAGAGCAUAUGAGUGCAGCACUUUGCUCAUGCCAAGGGGUUUUAAACCCCCCCUCCCCUCCAUCCCCACUUUCUUCAUCACCCGUGGCAAAUCUGCAACCUGCAGGACCGGAGCGCACAGGGGUGUGGAUCUGCCUGGUCUCACCUGGGAGAAAGGUGACAGCUGGAAAAGCCCAUUCCAUGAAACCGCUGACUCAGAAAAGCAGUUGAGUUUGCCAGAAACCCCAGGUUACUACGCUCAAGGAGAAGGGCAGGCGUGGGAGCUGAUUAGUGGUGGUUUGUUUCGUUAAGCUGAAAGCCAGAGUCCCUAUCUGUGCGGAUCAAAUGUGCCCCCCGCAACGAAAAUUUGCUGCCAGGUAUUUACUGCCCAUGCCAUUAAAAGUGCCUUUAACAAAAGAGAGGUCAAAGCUGGGUCUGUGGUACAGUUCCCCUGCUUGAUCCAUCCUGGAGGGAUUCUCCACCGCAGCCCUGAUCCACCGUGAGGCUGCGGGAAUAUGUUACUCCACUGUGGCUAAAUUCCACAGCUUGGGUGCAAAGAGUUCACCCCAAAUGCAGCAGGCACCCACUAGGCCAGCUUUUCUACGACUCCACUGCCCUUCCAGAACCCCUGCCCCAGCCUGACAUCUCACUGUACCCCCACACUGCAUCCCAGAAAGAAGGGGAUGGGGGUAAGUGCUGCAUUGCAAAGGGCCUGUCACCUCUGCUGCUUAGGAAGGGGACAAGGAGGCAGGAAGGAGCCAUUGCUCCUGAUCAGGUGGCUGCUCUUCCAAGAGGUGAGGGGAGAGGGGCUAGUCUAGCUGGCUGGGGCAGGAGAAGAUCUGGCCCUUACAGGCCCUGCUAGGGUCUAAUACAACAGGAGUGGUUCAAAGGACCCCUGGUCCAGUUGCACCAAGCUGUUUGAUGGUUGUGUGGGCUAUUUAGCUGAGACUCUCUGCAUGUACUUUCACCUAGGAGAGGGGGAUUCUCUGCAAGAAGUUUGAAACGAGAGGCAGAAAAAAAAUCCCAUUUGGCUUGAAAGUUUCCCCUGAAAUUUUGUGAUUUUUGAAAAAACAUCCAGUGGCCUCUCUGCAAUUGUGCCCACCCCUCUGAUGCCUGGGCGCUGAUCCAUAAUGAAAGGUCACACCACGUUCCCCCCAGCAACAGCUCCCCAAUCCUCCACCUACUAUCAUGAAGCUCAUGUUACAGCUGGGGAAACUGAGGCCCAGAGACUUGCCGGGGGGUCGUGCAGUUGAUGGGUAGCGGAACUGAGGCUGUUGAUUCCCGGCUGCAACCCCCGCCUCGCAGUUAGCUGGAGCAUUUGGGGGAAUCUCUCUUGCCUGGUCAAUCUCUGGCUCCUUAUUUCCCAAACAAGCUCCCCCCUCCCCGUCCCUUGCUCAACCCCAUCUCGGUUCAGUUUUCAGGCUAAAUAUUUUGAAUGUAGCAAUCGAAAACAAAAGUGAAGCUGGCCCAAGGCCCCUCCCGCCUGCUCGGAGCCUGGCAGCUCCCCCCAUGCCAUCACCCUGCCUGCAACCCAGCCAGAGCAGCGGUGGAAGGAGGCAGGGCCCCUAGGAGAAGGUGGGACUGCUUUGGCCCUGCCCCUGGGCUGGAGUUUCACCUGGCUGCACUUGGGGAGGGCAGGAGGCAGCUUCGCCUGACUGUCGGCGCCCAGGUGUGCUGCCAGGUGCACGCUCAGGGCCUGGCUCCUCGCCCAGUUCUAUGCAUGGAGCAUGGACAUUGGGGAGCCCGGAAGCCGGGGGCUUUCUCCUCGGAGCCUGGACUGAGGUGGAUCGAGGCCGAUUGCGGUGGAGGCCAAGGAGUGGCACUGUCCCUGCCGGUCCCCUGGGAAUGAAGUGGGAGGCGCUGGGGUCCCUCUGUUCCCAAGCUCCGCAGUCUGUGUGGCGCCUGCUUCCCGCCUCAUAAGAGGAGCUGCCGGGGGCGAAGGGCGUGAGGGCGCAUUCUGCCUUGCUUUGGAGAACGGCCGGGGGAUUUUCUGUUUAUGGACCAUGGGGGUGAAGAAGGAGACAGCAGCAUCGUUGUCCCUCUGCCACCUGCUGCUCGGGAUAGCUUUGCUGGUGCUCAGCCUCAUCCCGCUUGUGCCCGCGCUGGCCACCACCGGCAUCUGCGGCAGCAUGGACAUCCGCAAUGAUGUCUCCCAGCUGCAGAAGCUGGAGAACUGCACCAUCAUUGAGGGCAACCUGCAGAUCCUCCUCAUGUUCACCACUGCCGCCGAGGACUUCCGCGGCCUCAGUUUCCCCCGCCUCAUCAUGAUCACCGAGUACCUGCUCCUCUUCCGAGUUUACGGGCUGGAGAGCCUGCGUGACCUCUUCCCCAACCUGUCCGUGAUCCGGGGCACCAGCCUUUUCUUCAACUAUGCCCUGGUCAUCUUCGAGAUGCCCCACCUUAGGGACAUUGGCCUGCACAGCCUGACCGAUAUCCUGCGGGGCUUGGUGCGCAUUGAGCGCAACCAGGAGCUCUGCCACAUCUCCACCAUCGACUGGGGGCUGCUCCUGCUUGACUCGGUGGAGAACAACUACAUUGUGGGCAACAAGCAGGUGGAAGAGUGUGCCGAUGUGUGCCCAGGCAUCCUGGACGUGGAGAAGCCCUGUGUCCAAACCAGCGUCAGUGGGCAGCUGGAGUACCGCUGCUGGACAUCCAGCUACUGCCAGAAAGUGUGCCCCUGUGGAGGCAGAGUCGCGUGCACCGCCGCCGGGGAAUGCUGCCACCCCGAGUGCUUGGGAGGCUGCAAUCGGCCGUGGGACAGCAGGGCCUGCGUGGCCUGCCGCCACUUCCACUUCAACGGGCACUGCCUGACCUCCUGCCCAGCCCGCACCUACCGGUACGAGGGCUGGCGCUGUGUGACAGCCGAGUACUGCGCCAGCCUGCGCAAGGUGUCCGAGAACCCCCGCGAGGCCUCUGAGUUCGUCAUCCACCACGAGAGGUGCCUGUCCGAGUGCCCCUCGGGGUACACACGCAAUGACAGCAGCAUCUUCUGCCACAAGUGCGAGGGGCUGUGCCCCAAAGAGUGCAAGGUGGGCACCAAGACCAUCGAUUCGACCCGCGCGGCGCAGGAGCUGGCCGGCUGCACCUACGUCGAGGGCAACCUGAUCGUUAACAUCCGCAGGGGCUAUAACCUGGCCUCGGAGCUGCAGAGCAGUCUGGGACUCAUUGAGACCAUCACAGGCUUCUUGAAGAUCAAGCACUCCUUCGCCCUCGUCUCCUUGUCCUUCUUCAAGAACCUCAAGCUCAUCCGGGGGGACUCCAUGGUGGACGGGAAUUACACCCUCUACGUCCUGGACAACCAGAACCUGCAGCAGCUCUGGGACUGGAGCCACCACGCGCUCUCCAUCCCCGUGGGGAAGGUGUACUUCGCGUUCAACCCCAAGCUGUGCCUGUCCGAGAUCUACCGCAUGGAGGAGGUGACGGGCACCAAGGGCCGGCAGAACAAGGCCGAGAUCAAUCCCCGCACCAAUGGGGACAGAGCUUCCUGCAAGACCCAGACUCUGCGCUUCGUUUCCAACAUCACCGAGUCCGACCGCAUCUUCCUGAAGUGGGAGCGCUACCGGCCCGAGUACGGUGAUCUGCUCUGCUUCAUCGUCUACUACAGGGAAUCGCCCUUUCAGAACGUGACCGAGUACAUGGGGCAGGAUGCCUGCGGGGCCAACAGCUGGAACGUCGUUGACGUGGAGCUGCCGCUGAACAACGACCAGGAUCCGGGGGUGGCCCUGCUGAACCUCAAGCCCUGGACACAGUAUGCCAUCUUCAUCCGCGCCAUCACCCUGACCACGGCCGAGGAGGGGCGCAACUAUGGGGCGCUGAGUGAGGUGGUGUACGUCCGCACCAUGCCAGCAGCUGUUUCUGCAAUGCCGGUGUCCAGCCCCACGUGCCCAGGGACGUCCUACUCCAUGUCUAACCUCCUCUCCCACAUCAUUGUGCGCUGGAAGCCGCCCAGCCAGCGCAACGGGAACAUCACCUACUACCUGGUGCUGUGGCAGCACGUUGGCCGAGGACCCGAGCUCUACGUCAAUGACUAUUGCCACAAAGGCCUCAAACUGCCCACCAGCAGUGCGGACACCCGCUUCAACAUGGACGACAGCGGGGGGCCCGAGCUGGAGCAGGACACGGAGGAGCGGUGCUGCCCGUGCCACCGGGAUGGCGGGCAGCUGCAGAUGGAGGGCGAGGCUGUCUCCUUCCAGAAGAAGUUUGAGAACUUCCUACACAAUUCCAUCAUCAUCCCCAGACCCCCUUGGAAGGUGACGUCUGUCAAAAAAAACAUCUCAGAGGUGCUGCACCCCAAAGCCCAAACAGAUUUCCGGAUCUUUGAGGACAAAGUGGUGCGGGACUGACGGUCUCUCCAGUGGCGUCACUUCACCGAGUACCGCAUCGACAUCCACGCCUGCAACCAUGCCGCCCACACGUAGCUGCGCGCGGCCACUUUGUCUUUGCCCGGAACUAUGCCUGAGAUGGAAGCGGAUAACAUCCCCGGCAACAUCACCUGGGAGCCGGCCAGCAAGAACAGCGUCUUGCUGCGCUGGCAGGAACCCAAGAACCCCAACGGGCUCAUCCUCAAAUACGAGAUCAAGUACAGCCGGGAAAACGAGGUCCCGACCGUGGUGUGUGUCUCUCGCCACCGCUACGCCAAAUGGGGUGUCCACCUUGCCCUCCUACAGCCGGGGAAUUACUCUGCCAAGGUCCGGGCCACCUCGCUGGCCGGGAACGGGUCGUGGACUGGACUCAUCAAAUUUUACAUCCUUGGCCCGGCCGAGGAGGAGUCCGGCGGCUUCUACGUGCUGCUGACCGUCAUGCCCAUCGUUCUCAUGGUGGUGAUCAGCUGCCUGGUUGUCUUAGUCUUCUUCUACUAUAAGAGAAGGAACAAUGACGGAUACCCCAGCGGCACGCUCUAUGCUUCGGUCAAUCCAGAAUACUUCAGCACCUCGGACAUGUACAUCCCGGAUGAGUGGGAGGUGUCGCGGGAUAAGAUCACUGUGAUCCGGGAGCUCGGGCAGGGAUCCUUUGGGAUGGUCUAUGAAGGGAUUGCCCAGGGCAUUGAGAAAGAGGACGAAGAGACGAAGGUGGCCUUGAAGACUGUCAACGAGCUGGCCACCAUGAGGGAGCGGAUUGAAUUCCUGAAUGAGGCCUCGGUCAUGAAGGCGUUUAAGUGUCACCACGUGGUCCGUCUCCUCGGUGUGGUGUCCCAGGGCCAGCCAGCCCUGGUCAUUAUGGAGCUGAUGACCCGAGGGGACUUGAAGAGUUACCUCCGCUCUCUCAGACCGGACGCAGAGAACAACCCUGGCCUGCCCCCCCCGUCACUCAAGGACAUGAUCCAGAUGGCAGGGGAGAUUGCCGACGGCAUGGCCUACCUCAACGCCAAGAAAUUUGUGCACCGGGACCUCGCUGCCCGCAACUGCAUGGUGUCGGAGGACUUCACGGUGAAGAUUGGAGAUUUCGGCAUGACCAGAGACAUCUACGAGACGGAUUAUUACCGGAAAGGAGGCAAGGGGCUGCUUCCUGUCCGCUGGAUGUCCCCAGAAGCCCUGAAGGACGGGAUCUUCAACACCCACUCUGACGUCUGGUCGUUUGGGGUGGUGCUCUGGGAAAUCGCCACGCUGGCCGAACAGCCCUACCAGGGCUUGUCCAACGAGCAGGUGCUGCGCUUUGUGAUGGACAAUGGCAUCCUGGAGAGGCCUGAGAACUGCCCGGAGAAACUCCACGAGCUGAUGAGCUGGUGCUGGCAGCAGAACCCCCGCCAGCGCCCCUGCUUCACCCAGCUACUGGAGAGCAUCAAGGACGACAUGAACCCCAGCUUCCGCAACCUCUCCUUCUUCUACAGCGCUGGGAACAAGCGCCGGGGCUCCUGCCAGCCCUCGGAUGUGGAGAUGGACAACCUGCUGGAGGAGGAGCCGCCCUCCACCCUGGCUGCCCUACACCUCCCUCUUGCCACCAACGACUGCCCCGGGCCUGCCCUCGCCCCACAGAAAGACCAGAGCUAUCCCAGGAACUGCUGUCACUUGAAUGGGGCGCCGUGCCUCUGAGAGCCGGGGAGCUCCAGGCCAUGGCUACUUCCAAAGC